CACACAGUAAGCAUUCAGUAACAUGAGUGAUUACUACUGUCUUAGCAGUUCUGCUUCUCAGGGUUUAUUUAAAUAAACAGAUAUAAUUGGAUUUCUCUGCUUUGUAUGCCAUUUGAAACUGGAUUUCUCCUCAUACCACAAAAGGUAAAGUUAAGGAACUGGAUGAUCUGUGAUUUAUAGUCUACUAACUGCUUUUUCUAGUGUUUGCCCACAUAUCUGUGUUGGUGAAAUAUUGUGUAUCAUACCCCAAGUCAAUCUUACAUUGAAGAGAUAACUUCAGGUAGGUAAAUAUAAUUGCUUAAGUGUCCUAAACAAGCAUAUGAUUUUUUCUUUCUCUUUUUUUUGGCAGGAAAUCCUUUUGUACUAUUGCUCAUUCAUACUUGUUCAUCAAAGCCUGGAGUCCUUAAGGACAGAAUUUACCUCUAAACAGAAAGAUGGAAACUAAAGUACAUUUAUUCUGCCAGGCAGAGGAAAAUAUUGACUUAGUAGAUGAUGGCUCUAGUUCUUUUGCAACUGACUUGCCAUCAGGAGCUAUCAACCACAAGAAAUACAUCAAGUUUUCUAAAACAAUAGAGAAGAAAAUUUCACCGGAAAUUAGGAGUUUGAGCCCAGAAUAUAAACAAAUAUUUGAAACAUCAAUAAUCCUUUGUGGAGAAGAAAAGUCCUCUGAUUUUUCAGGAGAAAAAAAAGUUGGGAGAAAGAGUUUACAAGUACAACAGCACAGUAAAAGAACUGAGAUUAUCCCUCCUUUUCUGAAGCUGUCAAAGGAGAAGAUGACUAGGAAAGAAAACUCUUUAUGCAAGUUGCCAAAUCAGUACAGCGUUCACAAGACUUCAUCACCUCUUUGUACAUCUUCCGCAAUUACUCGGGAAAAGGAAAUGCUGUCUAACCUCUACAUGACAUUAGAUGAUGAAGUAACCCAUGGAUAUUUACACUCAAAAGAAUUAAGUGCACUUCAUAAAGCCUGUAAAAUUUUUAGUAAAAUUCGAAGUGGUAGGAUUUAUGUGAAUGAUCUUCCAGUGAUCCUUUGCAUCUUGAGAAUUUCUAUAAGUGAUUUAGAAAUGCGACAGGCACUAAAGACUGUUGAUAUUGACGCAUUCCAGGAUGCCUUGAAGAUUUACUGUAGGAUAAAAGGUGGUCGAGUUUCAACUGAUGAAGUGUUUGCUGUUUUGGAUAGCAUGGGUAUCCUUGUAAAUCCUGAAAUUUUAGAAGAAGUGAUAAAACAUACCUAUAUUGACAGAAACCACAUGGUGGAUAUUGGGGAUAUUAUAUUUAUUUUGAAUGAGCUACAGGAACAGUAUGAGGAUGUUUCAAUUACAGAAGGAUCACCUUUGGAUGAAAUUACUUCAGACAGAAAGUUAUCAAGUAUAGCAGAAUGCUAUCUAAAAUAUAAGAAGAAAAACAGUUUGUCUUCCAAACUCCCUGAACCUUCAAUAUCCAAAAAGUUAAAUAAAAACAGCAACCAAUAUUAUAGCAAAAUUAUGGAGAAUGAUGACCUUGAAUCUAAAAGACCAAAAAAUACUUGGCAAAUAAGAAAAUUUCUGGGUGGGGUUGGCAGCAGUAAUGUAGAAGUCCAAGAACCAUAUUCAAAGAAUGGCAUAAACUUUAAAAAACAUUCAGAGAAGGGUGAAAUUCAUGACUCAAAGUCUAAACCACAAAGCUUGAAGAGUAGUACAAGCCUCAGUAAGUCUCUGGAUAAAAGUGAUAUUUCUAGUAUCCCAAAACUUCAGAAGCCAGCUGUAAGAAAGCGUUCCAGUCUCCUAAAACAGGUUUCGUCUACGGAAAAAACUGCAAUUAAUACUCUGGGUAAGAAAAAAUCUAGGUUCUUGAGUUCUUCAGUCAUCACAGAAAUGAACAGAAUGAAUCAAUUAUUAGAUAGUUGUAAGCAUUUCAAUUGUUAACACCCUG